AUGGAUGAUAUUGAUGAUGUAGAGGUAGUUAGUACAAGAACGCCUGAACAACCGACUGAAUUAUCAAGAACAUCUUCAGCUCUCGCACCAUCAGCAAAAUUCGAUCACCCUGAAAAUAUUAUCAAAGUUCUAUUAAGUCAUGUUUAUUUUGGACCGUCAACGAAAGAAAAAUGUAUGAUGGCAAAAACUUUUACAGAUAUGGGACUUUUAUUUAGACCAGCUUCUCGUCAAGUUUCUAUCUGCUUUCGUAGAAUGAGAGAUGAAGUUGUAAUUCCAUUCGGUGAAGUAUCUAAUUGUGAACUUGUUAGCGAAAGGCAAUUAGUAGUAAAAUUAAGAUCAGAAUUUACUAGAGCGUAUUAUUCUCAUCCUGAUGGAUUUCCAUAUAAAAAAGAACCCGUUCUAUUAAAUAAUGAUCCAACAAAUGGGUAUUUUUCAGGUGUUAAUUCAUUACUUAUAAGAUCAUACCACGCAACAGAUUUCGAUUUUCUUUCAGAACAUGGGUUUAAAAUAAAAAGUGAAACUUUUAACAAGAAAAAAACCAAUGAAAUUGUUGAAAAUCCAAUCGCAUCAACAUCAUCUAACGGUAAUCAAAUGAUACGACAAUCAGUUGAUAAUUCGAUAAAGGUUUCACCUCAACAAGAAUCUUCACCCAAAGUUAUGAUUGAAAAUUAUGUCGCAGUUACUCAAAAAAUAGUUAGCAAAACUAAGACAGUUACCAAAAGUUUUAGAGGGCCUAAUGAUCAACAAAACAGGCUUAAUUCUACUUCACAACGAUCACAACCAUUGCAAUAUUCACAACGAUCCUCAUCAUCUUCAACAACCUUUAAUUCCGCACAAAAUAUAUCUCAUCCUAAACUUUCAACAAUGAUACCUUCAACUAAUUCCGAUUCAUCAUCAUUAAAUUCGAGCAAUAUUAAUAAUAAAAAUAAA